AGAGAGAGAGAGAAGUGAAGAAAAAGCAGAGAAUAAAAAGAGACCGGAUGUUGACAAAUUUCAUGUCACUGUUCUUGGAAGGUCGUUCGUUUGUGUGAAGAUUUCUUAUCUGGGAUCUCUCUCUUUUCUUUUUUCCAAAAAAUUAAAAAGAAAUUAAGAAGCUCUUUCAUUCUCUCUCUCCGUGCCUGAAAAUUCUCUUCCAUCUUUACAUUGAGAGAGAGAGAGAGAGAGUGGCCCAGCAGAUCGAAAAUCUCCUCUUUUUUCUCCACCCCGAUGACGAUCUAAUUCCUUCACUGCUGUUGCUAAAACGCCCACCUCCUUCUAUGUCGAUGUCGUUUAUCUGUAGACAUAAAUAUAUAUAAAUAUAUGUAUAUAUAUAUAUGAUUUUUUGUUUAUUCGUUUUCGUUCUUUGAUGGUGAGAGUUGCCGUCUCUAAAUUUCCCUCUUCUCAAGGUUUUUGCUUAAUGGCCGAUUCCACAAGGGGUUCUUGAGCUCUCGAAUCAGAGGAUGUGGGUUUAAGGAAUGGGAACAAAGGUGCAGUAUGAAAGUUAUUUGCCAGGAUAUCACUCAAUGAGGGAUCUAAAUGAAGAUUCUCAUGGUUGUAGCUGGCCCUUGUAUUAUGGUGAAAAAGCAUGUCAGAGCGGCCAAUAUUUUAAUGGAAUUUUGCCAAGAGCUGCCUCAGAUGCAUAUCUAGGUUGUGAUAGAGAUGCUGUGAAGAGGACAAUGCUUGAGCAUGAAGCCAUAUUCAAGAACCAGGUUCGUGAGUUGCAUCGACUAUAUAUAAAACAAAGAGAGUUAAUGAAUGACAUCAAAAGAUCAGAACACAGAAAUCAGAUACCAGUAGAUAUAUCGUUCUCAUCUAGUCCUCUAGCAUCUCACAAUAUUCCUGAUGGUGCAAGGAAAUGGCAUCUCCCAAGCUUUCCUCUUGCAGUUUCUUCUAGUGGUGGACCAUCGGUACCUGGUGUUGAAGAUGUCAAAUCGUCUUUAAGUUCUUUGAAAGAAAACAAUAGAAGCGAUGGUCUCUUACCAUCCCAAAAUGGAACUAAUUCAAAAGACUGCGAGGUACUAGAUUCCAGACCCACAAAAGUUAGGAGGAAAACAUUUGAUCUUCAACUUCCAGCAGAUGAGUACAUUGAUAGUGAAGAAGGGGAGGUAUUUCAUGAUGAAAAAGUGCCUCCCAUCUUGGGUUGCCAUUUAAAUGGCAAAAAGAAAUUAGAGGCUCGGAGCUGUGUGACGGCAAAUUUGUAUUCAAAUUCUGGUGAAAGAAGUGGUGACCAAGUUGAUGCUUUGAGAUCUGACUCGUGUUUACGGAACAGAUAUGGUUUGGCUGACUUGAAUGAGCCUGUUCAACUCGAAGAGACAAAUGGGUCCAAUUUUUUUGAUCUUCCUAGCACUCGUGACUCCAGCAAUGGGGAGACCCAAGGCCCCUUUCAAUCAUCUAUGAAGCAAGAAAUUUUACUGAACUCUAGUAAUGAAAGUGGACACGCAACAAAUAGGAAUCCAUAUCUUGAAAAUGGAAAUAGAAGAGAGGCAUUCCCUAACGUCUUUGAAGCAGGGCGUAGUAAGGACGGCAGAAAACCUUAUAUGCAUGGUCAAAUGGAAAAAUUCCAUUUAUCUUCUAAUCCAGUGCAAGUUCCACUAAACAAGUUUCAUGAUCUUCCAGUCUUCUAUCUCAAUGAUAAAAGCAGGGUUCAACAGGAGUUUGACAGGCCAGUUAGUGGUUUUCAAUUAUCGAAAAGAAGUUAUGAAAUGUCUAAUACUGGGGAUCCUGGUUAUCUUUUAGCUUCUCAGACAUCUCGUACAUAUCCGAUCGCUCCUUCUUCGGACGUGGGCAAGUCUUGGGCUCACUCCGGUUCAUCUUGGGAGAAGCCAAAUGGCAACUGCUCCCAAAAGUCAACAUCAGGUCAAACACAGCCAUGUUUCAAGUCAUCUCCUGCUAUGCACAAGAGUUUCCCUUCAUCAGCUCAGAACAAUGGAAUUUUUUGUGAUAGAUGGCAGCUGAGUAGCGACUGUCCUAACCCUGGGUCCAGUUGUGAAACUCCUUACCAGAAUGGAUUUUAUCUCGGGUCUACCUCAGGUUCCAAAGGCGGAGUUCUCUCCUCUACCAUAUGGCAUGACCAUGCAGCGAACUCCUACAAGAGCUCUGGUCGCGUGGGCACAAAUUCUCCAAAAGACAUUAACUUGAAUGUAGCACUCUCGAAAAGUUUAUCAAACGAGGCUGGUCAACUACCAACUUACAGGACCAGGGAGGCAGAACAGAAGAACGGGGACCAUCAUAAUAUAUUACCAUGGUCAAGAAGUGUACCUGCUAAUAAGAAUGAAACCAUCAAUUCAAGAAGAUUCUCUAGUACCGCAGAGCUUAGUUUUGUGCUCUCUCCAAAGAAUCAACUUUCUGACAGAAAUGAAACUGAAAAUGUCAGUAAAGUUAUAUGUUAUCCAAACAUUGAGUCUAGUUCACGUUGUAGUGACAUAGAGCCAAGGAUUUCGGAACUUGGUGAAUGCCAGAGUAACAGAAAACUUCUCGGGUUUCCCAUUUUUGAGGAGCAGCGCAUUUCUAAGAAUGAAUCGUUCUCUCUUACAUCCCCGUCAGUAUCUCUUCCUAAUCCAUCCGAGAAUGAAGUGGAAGAUAGCCGGAAAACUAGAGGGCUUGAUAUAAAUUUGCCUUGUGAUCCUUCAGUCUUUGAGUCAGAUAACACUACUACCGGAUCUCUGGCUGUAGAGAACCGAAAGGACACAAAGAUCCCUAAUGUUAGAGUUCAUAUUGAUUUGAACUCAUGCGUCAAUGAUGAAGAAGCAUCUAUGAGACCCCUACCCGUGGCUUCAACUGCCAAGGAAAAGGUCGCGGUAGAGAUAGAUUUAGAAGCCCCCGCAAUGCCGGAGCCUGAAGAGGAGGACAUCAUUGUAGAAGAAGAAUCCGUAGAAAAAGGGCAUGAACAGCAGUUGCAAUCUCCCCAACAUAAAGCUGUUGAUAUUCAGGAUGAUCUUAUGGCUGUAGCAGCAGAGGCAAUAGUUGCCAUCUCUUUAACAUGUGGUCACUCCUGCCAUUUGGAUGAUACCGGUAGCAAUGCGUUGGAAGAUUCUUCAAUCGACCCUCUAAAUUGGUUUGCGGAGAUAGUUUCCACAUGUGCAGAUGAUGUAGAGACCAGGUCUAACACUGUAUUGAGAGGCAAAGAUGGGAAGGAUCAUGAGGAAUCCUCUGUGAGAGGGAUCGAUUUCUUUGAAUGCAUGACUUUGAGGUUGGCAGAGGUUGGUGAAGAAGAGUACAUGCCUAAGCCCCUGGUCCCAGAAAGUAUAGAAAUUGAAGAUUGUGGAACCAAUUUGUUGGCAAAUCGACCGCGAAGGGGGCAGGCGAGGAGAGGGAGGCAGCGGAGGGAUUUCCAGAAGGACAUUCUUCCAGGGCUUUCAUCUCUAUCAAGGCACGAGGUUACAGAAGAUCUUCAGACAUUUGGUGGACUAAUGCGAGCGACGGGACACUUGUGGCAUUCAGGAGUUACGAGGAGGAACUCUACUAGAAAUGGUUGUGGUAGGGGAAGACGACGAUCAGUGAUCAGCCCGCCUCCCCCAUGUAAUCAGCUGAUACAGCAACUAAGUAGCAUUGAGAUGGGUCUGGAGGAUGGAAGCCUGACCGGGUGGGGGAAGACAACCCGACGACCCCGACGGCAGAGAUGCCCGGGCAGCAACCCUCCAGCAGUUCCUUUAACUUAAAAAAAAAAGAAGAAGAAAGGUUUGAUUUGAUUAAUUGAGGAUGAUGAUAUGAUGUUAUAGAGGGGAAAGGCGGGAUUUAAGAUCCAUGGAGCAGAACACACACACACACAGAGGUCACAAGGUGUGGUGUUUGUACAUUUGAAUUUGAUAGCUGAAGUCUGAAGAUUUGGGUUCUGUAUCUCCAUAAUCUGUGUUUGGCAAUUCUGUAUUAUUGAGAUAAAUAAUGUUGCAUGAUUAUGAUUUGUUGCUAAUGCUGGAUAUACAACCAGAGUUCCUAAUUCACACUUUUAUACUCUGCAAUUCUGUUUUAUUUGUGUGUACUGGGUAGUGUAAGGCUUAGGAGGAGCGUGGAGCAGACGCGCGGGGGGUGUCGCGUGGGAACAGGUUCUUAGGGUUUCGUGUGGGCAUGUCGGUGUCCAAGUUGAUUUGGUGCUACACGUACACAACAGACAGUUUCCUAAUCAAAACCGUGGGUCCCACUCAUCCAA